AGCAGCCGGCUGGCCGUCAGCGAGCUGGCGCGGUUCGCCGACGGCAGCGCCACGGCGCAGGACGGCGACACGGCCGUGCUGGUGACGGCCGUCAGCCGGCCGCGACCCGGGCCGCCGCCCGGCUUCCUGCCGCUGACCGUCGACUACCGGCAGAAGGCGGCCGCCGCCGGCCGCAUCCCCACCAACUUCCUGCGCCGGGAGCUCGGCCCCAGCGAGCAGGAGAUCCUCACCAGCCGGCUGAUCGACCGCUCGCUGCGCGCGCAGUUCCCGGCCGGCUACGGCGCCGACACGCAAGUCACGUGCAACCUGCUGGCCGUGGACGGCGACCGGCUGCCGGACGUGUUAUGUGUGAACGCGGCGUCGGCGGCGCUCGCCUGCUCAGACAUCCCUUGGGGCGGCCCGGUGGGCGCCGUGCGUAUGGGCUGGCUCGACGGACAGCCGCUGGUGAACCCGGGCCGCCGCGAGCUGGCGGAGAGCUCGCUUAAUCUGAUGGUCACGGCUGGCCCGCAGAAUACGGUCGUCAUGCUGGAGGCGGCCGCCGACAACAUACUGCAGCAGGACUUCAUGCACGCUAUCAAGGUGGGCGUGCGCGAGGCACAGCACGUGGUGCGCGGCGUGGAGCAGCUGCAGCGCAAGCAUGGCCGCACCAAACGCCACUUUCAGCCGCCGCCGAUCGACGCUGAACUCGAUGACUCGGUGGCGGCGCUCUGCGAGACGCGCCUCGAGGCCAUCCUCACCGACUGUCGACACGACAAGAUCUCUCGCGACGAGGCCGUGUCGGCCGUGCGCGCCGACGUGCUGGAGAAGCUGCGCGCAGACGGCGGCGGCGAGCGCGCCGCGCAGGCGUCCGACGCCUUCAACCGGCUGUUCCGCGCGUUGUUCCGUCGCCUGGCGCUGGACCGCGAGACGCGCUGUGACGGCCGGGACGCGGACGAGCUGCGCCCGAUCUCGUGCCGCGUCAACCUGCACCGGCCGCUGCACGGCUCGGCGCUCUUCCAACGCGGCCAAACGCAGGUCAUGUGCACGCUGACGCUGGACUCGGCCGAGUCCGUGCUUAAGUCCGACCUCAUGUCGGUGAUCACGCAGGGCGUGCGGCCCAAGAACUUCAUGCUGCACUACGAGUUCCCGCCGUACGCCACCAACGAGACGGGCCGGCCGGGCGGCCUGGGCCGGCGCGAGCUUGGCCACGGCGCUCUGGCCGAGCGCGCGCUGCGCGCCGUCGUGCCCGAGCCGUUCCCGUUCGCCUUGCGCCUGACGGCCGAGGUGCUCGAGUCGAAUGGCAGCUCGUCGAUGGCGUCCGUAUGUGCCGGCAGCCUGGCGCUGAUGGACGCCGGCGUGCCGGUCAGCGCGCCCGUGGCCGGCGUGGCGAUCGGAAUGGUGAGCCGGCCCGACCCGGAGUGUCCCGAGCGGCUCGGCCAGUACCGCCUGCUCACCGACAUCCUGGGUAUCGAGGACUACUGCGGCGACAUGGACUUCAAGCUGGCCUGCACGCCGACCGCCAUCACGGCGCUGCAGGCCGACUUCAAGCUGCCGGGCCUGCCGCUGUCGGUGAUCAUGGAGGCGGUGACGGCCGGCCGCACGGCCACGCGCGAGAUCUUCAGCAUCAUGGCGAAGUCGCUGGCGCAGCCGCGCGCCGAGCGCAAGGACAACUGGCCGGUCACCGAGGAGAUGACCGUGCCGGCGCACAAGCGCGGGCGACUCCUCGGCGUCGGCGGCGUCAACCUCAAGCGUCUGCUGGCCGAUACGGGCGUGCAGGUGACUCCGCGCGACGACACCACCUUCUGCGUGUUCGCGCCCAGCCCGGCGGCGUUGGCCGAGGCGCGCGCGCAGCUGGACGCGCUGCUCGAGUCGUCCCCCGAGCCGGAGUUUGAGUUCGGCGCCGUGUACACGGCGCGCGUGGUCGAGCUGCGCGAGACGGGCGCGCUCGUGCGGCUGCACCCGAACGCCGCGCCCGCGCUCGUGCACAACAGUCAGCUAGACGCGCGGCCGGUGCGCCACCCGAGCGCGCUCGGGCUCAGCGUCGGUGAUGAGAUCCAGGUCAAGUACUUCGGCCGUGACCCGGUCAGCGGUCACGUACGGCUCUCACGCAAGGUACUGCUGGCGCCGGCUGGCGGGCCCGUGCGGAACCUGCAGCCCCGCUCUGACGCCGAGCAGGGCUGACGGCGGCGGGCCGGUGUGACGUCAGCGACCGCGACCGGACCGGGUCACACGGGUCAGCUCAGACCACCCCGCCGGCUGGGACGUUGCUCCUGUGAUACAAGCGCCUGAAUUUCCAGGGAUUGUUGCAUUCUGAGCCUGUGUUUCAGGUGACAGAUUAGUGUCCAGGGUACCAUCACCGGCUGGCGUAAUACAUUACAUGUAUGCAGCCUUGUUAAA